CGUGCUCCUCGUGUGCAGCGCGUACGCAGCAGCAGUAGCAAAGCGCUCGUGCAUGCUGUGCCUGAUCCUGCUCGCAUCUGCGGCCCCAGGAAAGUAAAGUUUCCCACUGCUGGGCAUCAAAUUACUGGACUGUUCCAGCAGAACCUUGAUCAGUACUCUCGAAUCCGCUGCGUUAAUCCGUUAACAAAUCAAGCAUUCGCUAAUCAUCCCUCGACGCCAACGCCAUAUAAACCCAUCCAGUUCCUAUCCAUUCGCAUCGCAUCCCUUCGCUCCUGUGUCCAUCAAGCCGGCAGAGAUAGCCAGUAGCUGUGGUUGCUCAGCGUGUGUGUGGUUCAGCACUCCAGCUAGCUUCUGGUUAAGCUGAGCGAGCAGAUGGCACUGUCUCGCCGCAUGGCCGCGCCCGUCCUCUUCUUCCUGCUCCUCCUCGUCGCGACAGAGAUGGGGACGACGAAGGUGGCGGAGGCGAGGCACUGCCUGUCGCAGAGCCAUAGGUUCAGGGGCAUGUGCGUGAGCAGCAACAACUGCGCCAACGUGUGCAAAACGGAGAACUUCCCCGGUGGCGAGUGCAAGGCGCACGGCCUCGAGCGCAAGUGCUUCUGCAAGAAAAUCUGCUAGUGCACGGCGCUCUGCCGGCCUCCGGACGCCCAUUAGAUUGGUCCUGCCGUCGGGUUGUUUGCUCAUCUGUGAGACCGUGAUUGCCGGGCCAGGUGUCCGUUCUCGCUGCUGUUGUACGUACUUUCAUCCGUCAACUCUUCAUGUUGCGUGGUAAAUGUUUGGUCUGUGUUUCCCCUUUAGUUUCGCGAUUCAUUCCUAGAAUAAACUGCCUGCGCGUGCGAAGCAGCAGUGUGGUUCAGCACCCGUAGGUACUAGGUUGGUCGUUUCAGUUUCACUCAGGGUGACUGGUUGAUUUCUCGUGUAACCUGUUUGUGCUAGAAGCUGUAAGGUCCUCAUUCCAAUAUGGAUGUAAUGUAUCUGUGUGUGAUCGUUUCGUGUCAAA